GUGACAUCAUGAUACGGCAAGUGAUUAUUAGCUAUUUUCUCGCAGUGUGCUUGCUAGCACUCGUGCAGGUAAUUUAUCGUCAAGUAUGUGCUUUGCUAGAAAUUACAAAUACAAUUAUUUUCCCGCAGAGUGAAACUGUACAAGAUUGUGAGAAUAAGCUGCCACCGUCGCUGAAGAGUAGACUGUGUGAGAUCCGCCGGUACGAGAUCAUCGAAGGACCGGAGAUGGACAAGCACAUUCAUUGCGUGAUGCGAGCACUCGACUUUGUCUAUGAGGAUGGUCGUGGCGAUUACCAUAAGCUGUACGAUCCAUUGAACAUUAUCGAGCUGGACAAAAGACACGAUGUGAAUCUUGAGAAGUGUAUUGGCGAAUGCGUACAAGUCCCGACAAGCGAGCGUGCUCACGUGUUCUACAAGUGUCUGCUGAAAUCAACCACCGGGCGCACGUUCAAGAAGGUGUUCGAUCUGAUGGAAUUGAAACAGGCUGGCAAAGUGCCACAACAUCAACGGUACACUGCAGAGUUUGUGCAAAUCAUGAAGGAUUAUGAUAAGGCAUUAAACUGCUGAAAUUGAAAUGAAAACAGAUGUAGCGUUCAAAGGAACGUAAUAAAAGGAAUAGUUUGAACAGCAGGAA